CUCUUCACAUGCACGUUCUGGCAACUCGUACCCAAGGGUCCGCUUUUUUAGCCGAAUUUGACCGCUUCUUGGCCGAAUUGAGUCCUCGAGUGGAUUUAUCAGAUAGAUAAAGAGUUCCUUCGCAUGACCGUGUGACGAAAUCAAUCUUUGAGUCGAUCGGUAAGGGUCCAAAUCGACGUAUUUGCAGGGUCUAGUAAAAAAAUCAGAAACCAUGGAACCACGGGAAACCAUAAUGCCUAUUAAGGACAUCCGUGCUGGAAUGAAGAACCUCACCCUUGAAUUUAUCAUUCUGGAAAUCGGUUUACCAAUAUUCACCAAGGAAAAUAGGGAAGUACGCUCGUGCAAAAUCGCCGACUCUAGUGGAUGUAUCAACAUGUCCAUUUGGGACACGCCCGGCCAGUUCCUUGCGCCAGGUGACAUUGUCCGAGCCACAAGAGCUUACGCUACAGUCUAUAGAAAUUCUCUUGUCGUUUACUCAGGGAAAAGCGGAGAGGUGCAAAGAAUCGGCGAUUACUGCAUGGUGUUUUCAGAGUCGCCAAACAUGUCGGAAUUACCCGUGGUGUCUGGGCACAACGUUCAGGGGCAGCCACCGCCGCCGGGCAACAACGGAAACAACGGAGGAGGGAACAACGGCCGCCCGCCGCAUCUGCAGCAGCCACCUAUGUCAGGUGGGCAAAUGGGCCCCGGGAUGGGUGCGUCAAACAGCAAAGGUGGCCGCUUCAACAGUGCGGACAAGCCCUCCGAGAUGAACGGUCGGUCGCGGCCAGUGGCGCAAAGCAAUGGAUUGGCAAAAAUGCCCGUUCUCCCGUCUAGAAGAUAGCAGGCAGUGGAUCUUGACUAAUUGUGGACAGUCGAAUGACUUUUGCUGCGCGAGGCGUAUUCGGUGUCGCUUUAAUGUGAGACGUUGUUUUGAUACAAAAUUUCCUGGAAAUUCGACUUAUUUUUCCAUUGAAUAGUGUUAAUGCUGUUUAAAUCGCCAUUAAUGUAACAAACAAUUUUAGCACUGCGAUCUUUAGAUGGCGUGUAUCCGCACAUUGGAACUCAGCAGCAAGCACAUAAUUCAGAUUAUACACAUUAAUACUAUCAAAAUAAAAAAAGUACGACACAAGAUUAGUUCGUAACAAA